GUGUGUGUCGCAGCGAUGGCGGCGGCCCAGACGGAGGCGGAUGGCGCGCGUUCGGUCAUGGCCGGAGCCGCGGGCCCUGCUGCCAUGGGCGACGUGGGGCCCGUAAGCGCCGCCACGGCCGAGCUGGGGAACGCGGGCCCCGCCGCGGACGGUGCGGAAUGCGGGGCGGGCGACGCCGUGGUGGCGGAGGAGCCGCCGGCGCCGCCGGCGCUGCCGGGGCUGCGGCUGGUGCAGCAGGGCGCUGAGGCGCACGUGUACCGCGGGCUCUUCCUCGGCCGGGCCGCCGUGGCCAAGCUCCGCGUCCCGAAGCGCUACCGACACCCCGCGCUGGAGGAGCGCCUCAGCCGGCGCCGCAUGGCCCAGGAGGCGCGCUCGCUGCUGCGGUGCCGGCGGGCAGGGAUUCCAGCGCCAGCGGUCUACUUUGUGGAUUAUGUUACCAAUUCCAUCUAUCUUGAAGACAUUGUAGACUCAAUUACUGUUCAGGAUCAUAUUUAUUCUGUACAAAAGAGUGGAAGUGAUGCCAGCGGCCUCCAUAAGUUAGCAGAGAAGAUGGGUGAGCUGUUAGCAAGGAUGCACGAUGAGGAUAUUAUCCACGGGGACCUCACCACUGCCAAUCUCCUCCUGCGGCCACCCACGGAGAACCUGGACCUGGUGUUGAUAGACUUUGGACUCAGUUUUAUUUCAGGCCUUCCAGAGGAUAAAGGAGUUGAUUUGUAUGUUCUGGAAAAAGCCUUCAUUAGCACUCAUCCAGAUACUGAAGCAAUGUUCCAAGCUCUGCUAAAGACCUACGCAGCCACGUCUAAAAAAUCAGGUCCUGUGAUCAAAAAGCUGGAUGAGGUUCGGCUAAGGGGAAGGAAGAGAUCCAUGAUUGGGUAGAAGAGAGUGGGGUUAGGGAUGGAGAAAUAGUAGGUUUUGCAAAGAGGGUUAUUUAUAUUUCUAGUUGGUUUUAUUUCGCAGAUCAGUAUUUUGAUAACUGUGUCUUCAAAUAAAUAAACUUGAAAGAGUUUUAAGUGUCAUCAAGUAACUGAAGUAAUUGUGAGAUUGGGGCUCAGCCAAGAGAGAAACAAUUAGAGGUCACUUCUGUCCUAAAUGUUAAAUAUUUCUAAUACAAAGUAGUUCACAGUGUCAUUCUAUUCAUCUGUGUGUGGUUAGAAUCAUCCAGAGCAAUCUUUCUUGGCCUGUAGACCAUAAAUUUGUGGGAGGUUCUUACUUCAGAGACUACAGAACAGCAUCUACAAAAGGUAACUGAGAAAAACAAGUGUGUUGUUUUUCUCAGAAGACUUUACAACAAAGGGUUUAAAUCUGUUAUAAGCCACUCAACACAUCUUGAAAAUUUUCAGAACUGAAUUCUGGAACAUGGGCAAUGCUGGAAUACACUAAUAUAAAUCGGUUUUAUUUUC